AUGUUUAGAUCAAAUAAGAAGAGAAUAAGUAAAAAUAAUGAGAAAUUUGAUGUACAUGUUUUACGUUAUAAUGAAUAUCCAUAUCGUCUUAAUUUUUAUCUUGAGACGCCUAGAGAGGAGAUAACUAUUGAGGAAUUUGAGAAUUGGGCAAUUGAUAGACUAUAUGUUCUUAGUGAAAUUGAAUCAGGGCUUUUUCGAAAUAAAACUCUUAAAGAAAUGGAUAUUAUGUUGAAACCAUUGAUUGAAAAGCAUCUACCUCUUAGUAGUAAUAUGUCUAAGUCAUUGAAGGGGGCGAUUUUGGAUCAAGAACGAAAAAAGGAUCAUUAUAGUCAUUAUAUCUUAAGAUUAGCAUUUUGUAGAUCAGAAGAGCUUAGGAAACGUUUUAUAAGGGCGGAGAUGACAUUAUUUAAACUUCGAUUUUUACAAGAUGAUGCCAAGGAAAGAUUUGCAUUUAUAAAUAGUUUGAAUUUUGAUUGGGAAAUGGUUAUCUUUUUUGAAUUUUUUGUGGAUUUUGAUAAGGUUUGUGAUUUGGUAGAAAAACGUAAAGUUUUUCUAGAAAAAGGCAAAGCCUAUGUGCCUAUAUCAGAACAAAUAAGUUUAAUUUCUGAAGAAUUUUCUUUAAAUUUAGAAAAAUCUUUGGAGUUAACAGCUAGAAUAUUACCUCGUCUUGAUGAAGAUGAUCGAUUAUUGCCUAUAUUAAAUCAUUUAAGUUUAGGAUUUUCAGCACCGGAAUAUUCCAGUACAAUUGCUACUAUUGGAAGUAUUACUGCGUCGCAAAUAGACCUUCUUGUUAAACAUUUUCCAUUAUGUCAACGUAAUUUGCAUUUAAAUUUGAGAAAGGAUAAACACUUAAAAUAUUUUGGAAGACUUCAAUAUGGUUUAUUUUUGAAAGGAAUUGGUUUAGAUGUUGAAGAAGCAUUAGUAUUUUGGAGAAAAAGCUUUUCAAAUACAUCUGAUGAAAGGUUUAAUAAGGAGUAUAGAUAUAAUGUAAGACACAGUUAUGGACUUGAAGGCAAUCGUAGAAAUUAUAAACCUUAUAGUUGUCAACAGAUCCUUACUGGUCCUCAACCAGGUACAGGUGAUUCUCAUGGUUGUCCAUUUCGGCAUUUUUCUAUUGAAAAUUUAAAUGCUUCUUUAGAAAGUAUGGGAAUUCGUGAUUCAAAAGCUUUGAAAGAAAUUAAUGAGGCUGUUGUUGAAAAACAUUAUCAUAUUGCAUGUACGAAAGUAUUUGAAUUUACACAUCCUUCAAUUGGUUCUUUACAAGAAAGUAUUUCUCAUCCAAAUCAAUAUUUUGACAAUAGUUUUACCUUAGAAAAAGGUAUUAAUGAAGAUAUAACAAUGAAGACUGAGAAGAAAAAUACAUGA